AUGGAGAUGAAAAGAACUGUUCAUGAAAACCACGAGCCGGAGCCGAGUGAUCUCAUCCCAGGAAUACAAAUUUCAAAUCUACGUAAAGUUUAUGCGAGUUCCGUUGGAAGUAAAGUGGCCGUUGAUAACCUGAAUUUAACAAUGUUUGAAAAUCAAAUCACAUCUUUACUGGGUCACAAUGGUGCUGGGAAAACGACAACGAUGUCUAUCUUAACCGGUUUAUUCCCGCCUACUGCGGGAACUGCUGUGGUGAAUGGCUACAACAUUGCGACAGAAAUGGAUAGUAUUCGGGAGAGUCUUGGAUUAUGUCCGCAACAUAACAUUUUGUUUGAUCGACUAACAGUUAGCGAACAUUUGACGUUUUUCCUGGCAUUAAAGGGAAUAAUCGGAGAGGAGUCAAAAGAACACAUAGAAAGUAUGAUUGAAGACCUGAAUUUGUCCGAUAAGGCCAAAAGUAAAAGCAGUGAACUUUCUGGGGGAAUGAAGAGAAAACUAAGUGUAGCAAUAGCUUUGAUUGGUCGCCCGAAGAUAGUGAUGUUGGACGAACCAACUGCCGGUAUGGAUCCAUAUGCUAGAAGAUCUACUUGGGAUUUGCUUUUGAAACAUAAAGACGGAAAGACCAUUAUUCUGACAACCCAUUCUAUGGAUGAAGCUGAUCUACUCGGUGACAGGAUUGCUAUUAUGUCUACUGGUAGUCUGGUCUGCAGUGGAACCUCGCUCUUCUUGAAGAAUAGAUUUGGAAUUGGCUACCAUCUUACCCUUGUGAAGACCCCAUCCUGUAUCAUAGAUGCUGUAUCUAGCCGGAUUCGAAUGUAUGUACCACAGGCCGAGAUGUCAGCGGAAUCAGGAGCUGAGUUGUCAUAUAUUCUCCCUAGGGAAAGUACGGCAUCUUUCAAAGCAAUGUGCAAAGAUCUCGAAGAUAAUCGAGAAAAUAUUGGAGUUACCAGUUUUGGUAUAUCUGUUACUACUCUUGAAGAAGUUUUUCUUAAAGUUGAUCAGAUGGCCGAAGAUGCAGAGGAAAAUGCCGAGGAAGAUACCAUGUUCCAUGAUGACAAACAGAUGAAUGGUAUAGGGGAUUUUGACGAACUGCCUGCGAGUAAUGGUAAAAGUGUGAUGCAUGCACAUGACGGUGCAAACGGAAGUACUGCUGACAUUUUAUCUGCACCACAGACUGAGAUUGAAAUGAACAACGCAUAUGAACAAGAAGGCAUUUUGUCAGGUGUUGCCCUGAAGUGGCUGCAGUUCAAAGCAAUUUUUGUCAAGAGAUUACUACACAGUAAGAGGGAUAAAAAAGCCAUAGUCACACAGCUGUUGUUGCCAUUGAUCUUUGUUAUAUUUGGACUAUUGUUGCUGGUUUUGUCACCCAAUGCAACCGAAGAAACUAUACGACUUCUCAACUUGAGAAACCUUAGUGCUGAGAAUCCAGAUGCAAGUGUGUUUUAUGCAGAUCUCAGAAGUACAUAUAACGAAAGGGAUCUUUUGAAGUACCUCCCAAAAGCACUGGAUGAGCAAAACAUGCCAGUAAUUAACAUCGCUGAUGACGUCUUUGAACUCCGUAAAAACAACUCUGGUUCUUUGAUUGAUUCUGAGCAAAUAACUGAUGUCAUGGAUUGCUGUCAGUACAAAUAUCAAAUUUUGAAUUCAUACUGUUCAGAUGAGAUUUACGAAUCGGCGAACGAGGAUAAGAAUUUGUGUUCUGAAAUUGAGGAUUUCGCAUAUUACAACUGUCCAUACUGUGUUACUAACCCUGGGUAUUACAGUGACAGCUUCAAUGACAGCUGUCCAGUCGGCGCUGAUGAUACUGUGCUACCGUACAUGAAUACCUAUUUUGAAGAGUACGUCCUACGUGAUAGCUCAGUGGGAGAAUAUUUCAACGACCAUGUCGCUGGGUUCACAAUGGUGAAUGAUAGGAACAAUACCAAUUGGACUUUAAUCACAGUGUGGUAUAGCAACCAGCCGUUCCACGCCUCCGUGGAAGCCCUUUCAGUGCUUGACAACUCGUUGCUUCAUUACAUGACAAAUAUCAGUUAUAACAUAUCUGUUAGUAAUCAUCCUCUGCCUGCCUCGUCAUCUGAACAGCUAUCUGACACAGCAGAACAGUCAUUGAUUUUGGCUAUAUGUGCCGUAUUCGGACUCGGAUUCCUUGCUGCAAGCUUUGCACCAUUUUUAAUUUCAGAGAAGACCUCUAAGGCUAAAUUGUUACAAUUUGUAAGUGGAUUGGACGCCAUGAGUUACUGGUUUGGAACAUUUUUUUGGGACGCAAUUAAUUACUCCAUAGUUCUCGUUGUAUUGGUUUUUCUGUUUGGAAUAUUCCCAACAGUAUAUGCGCCGCCAAACUUGGGAGAAACCACUCUACUACUGGUAUUGUUUGGCUGGGCCUGUAUUCCAAUGACAUACGUGUUAGCCUGGCCAUUCGAUUCCCCACUAGCUGGUUAUGGACUUAUUGCCCUGUUGUAUUCAUUGGGAUCACUGAUAACAUUAAUCGUAAUAUUUAUUCUGGAACUAUUAGACCAUACCCAGGAAGCGGCUGUCAUCUGUGAUUAUAUUUUCAUGUUAUUGCCAACGCACUGUUUAGGUAGAGCUUUGAUUUAUCUCGGGGUCAAUGACGCAGCUGUGCAGCAAUGUACAGCUACACAGGUGGAUCGUCUCGUCUGCGAGACCUCAGAUGUUGAAUAUGAAGAAAAUUACCUUGCUUGGGAUAUGCCUGGUGUUGGACAGCACUGUCUGUACUUGUUCCUAGAAGGGGUUUUCUAUUUAACGAUGAUCCUUCUGAUGGAGGUGCAUUUUUUUAUCCCAUCAAGAUCACCUGAGCAUCUAGAAUCUCUGGAACCUGUUGAGGAUGACGAAGAUGUCGGACAAGAAAGAGCUAAAGUAGAGUCUAUGUUAAGCCCCGGAGACAGUGGAUACGCUGUAGUCCUUAAGAACCUGACGAAGACUUAUCGAGGAAUGCUUGACACGUGUAGACGAAAAAAGGGAUUUACAGCCGUCAAUGACUUGUGUUUAACGAUCCCAAGUGGCGAAUGUUUUGGUCUCCUUGGAAUAAACGGUGCUGGUAAGACUACGUCAUUCCGUAUGAUGAUCGGCGAUCUCAGCACGAGUGCUGGUACUGCUUACAUGGGUGGUUAUAAUAUUCUAACGGAUCGAAGACAGGUUCAGCAACGCAUAGGAUACUGUCCACAGUUUGAUGCCUUGAUAGAUAAACUGACUGGCCGUGAACUUAUCAGGAUGUAUGCUCGUCUACGUGGUAUUCCACCGGACACCAUAGAAGCUGUUGUGGACAGUUGUAUAUCUCACCUAAACCUUGGUAAUUGGGCUGAUAAGUUAUGUGGAGAUUACAGUGGAGGAAACAAACGAAAGGUUAGCACUGCCUCAGCCAUGGUUGGCAAUCCGCCAAUCAUAUUCUUGGAUGAACCGACAGCAGGAAUGGAUCCCAGGGCACGGCGUUUUCUCUGGAAUGCUAUCACUCGUCUGAUGAAGGGAGGUAGAUGCAUUGUUCUAACUUCACACAGCAUGGAAGAAUGUGAAGCCUUGUGUACAAGACUAGCCAUCAUGGUCAAUGGUCAGUUCAAGUGUCUUGGAAGUACCCAGCAUCUAAAAAGCAGAUUUGGUAAAGGUUACAUGUUGAUGGUCAAAGUAGACGCUGAGACUAGCACAGAACCGGUUAAAGAGUUCCUCAACAAUUCAUUCCCAAACCUGAAACUCUUAGAGGAACAUGCGGGCAUGCUAAGUUACCAAAUAGAAAAUGCAGAUUUGAGUUGGUCUUAUAUAUUUGGAACAAUAGAAGACAACAAAGACACCCUGAAUUUAACAGAUUAUAGUGUCAGCCAAACCUCUCUAGAACAGGUAUUUAUCAACUUCGCUAAAGAACAGAACGAAGACAAGAAAAGCUAGGCGCAUGUAUGGGGAUGCGUGUUUACAUACCACCUUAGUAUGUGAAAGUAAUAUACAUUUUAAGAGCACAUUCAAACAAAUAAUUUGUAUUUUGUUUAUUUCAAUUUUGUUUCAUGAUUUCAAUAGGUUUUUGUUCUUAGUUGUCACGUUUAUGAUACAGAUACUAUUUCACAUGUUAGAAGAACACUUGUAAAUUUAAGUUAACUUCACUACAUCCCC